GCAGCUGAAGAGAAACCUUGUUGGCCAGAGUUUUGAAGUUAAGAAGAUGGCGGGUGAAAAUGAAUUUGCGGCCAUGUUCUAUGGAGAGCCUGGGGUCCUGGGCCUCCUGGCCAAUGGAAUCAGUGCUUUCCUUGUUCUUCUGCAGAACUUCAAUGGAGCACAGACUGGUGUACCAUCCCAGGGAGUGGAGCACAUUCUGGCUGGUGUUCAACUGAUUCUGAUCGGGGGAGUAACCCAGCUGUUUGCUGGGCUCCUAUCCUUCCGGAAGUAUGAUCACCUAAGUGGGACAUCCUUCAUCGCAUUUGCUGCUCUCUGGGGCAGCUAUGGGUCUACCCGUAUAGUCCUGGGUGCCUUUCCACCCUCUAUUAACAGCACUAACACCACUGACCAGCUAAAUCCAGCCAACAGCACUUUUCAAAAUCCAGAACUGGCUACUCCACCAAUCGGUCAGUCUGCCAUAGCAGGGCUAAUUGCUUACAUUUCCAUCUCCUUUAUCCUGUCCUUCUGCUCUGCCACUGUAAACUACAUCAUGCCUUUUGUCUUUGGGGCUAUCACCCUGACCCUGAUCUUUGAGGCAGUGGGGCUUGUCGGGGGUUGGGCUCUAGUGGUCUCUGGGGUCCUGGAGCUGGUGAUCCUCAUGUGUGCGCUUUAUGGAGCAGCAGCCUUGCUCCUGAAAGGUGUCACCCAACGUUACAUCCUCAAGGGCUUUGGGACCCCCCUUUUCGACGUGUUGCUCCUGGGGACGGCCAACAGCAGCAACUCCCAAAAAAUAGGGGAAGAAAAGAAGAAGAACACCCAAUAUGCUGAACCCAUGGCACUGGGCUACCUCUGUGACACAAUCUCCCCUUUCGUCUUUGCCUUCUUCUGCUUUGGCUACCUACCUUCCUUUUUUGUGGGCACCAUUUGGGUCACUAUCAACGCCUUCUCCCAACUUUUCUCCAGUUACUAUGCCUACCUUCGAAAAGAUGUCUACCACACAACCAAGUUUUGUCUGCACAGCACCUACUGGCUGGUGAAGUCAUGGGAGGAGUUUGUUCUAUCAGUUCUCAUUGACAGAGAGGGAGCAGUCAGCGGGAGAGAAAGGAUGGUUGGUGACUGGUUCUUCCUAGCGACCGCCAUUGUUCUCUGCUUGAUGUCACUCAACAUGGAUGUGCUAGAGGUGGCCCAUAACUUGCUAUUCCUCCUGCUCACAGUAUCCACAAUCUCCCAGAUCCCACUGGGGGGCUACUACAUCUUCUUUGGGGUGAUCUGCAGCUUGUUCACAGCCCUGUCUCUCUACGGUACCUUUGCCCGACUCAUCAAUUCCAUAGGAGAGAAGACCUUGAUCCCUGUUGGGAUGCAGCCACUGUCCACAGAGAAGCUCCAGAGUGUCCUGGGACUCAUCAAACGGUGCUGGGUGAAACCUCAAGACCUCCCUCGCAGCACUGUUUCACAUCUACCUGAUGCCCUUUUCUACAUGACCAAUGGCAUAGCUGCUCUCUCUGCCAUCCACAGCCAGGACGUGCACCCCACCUUCCUCCAUCUCACCGUCCCCUGGGUUCUGAUUCCUGGAGCAAUCAUCCAGGUCUAUGUGAGCCGACUGGACAUCCAGGAGGGAAGGCGUUUUGGGCCCAUUAUCCCAUCCUGCUAUGCUGCCAUCUGGGCUACCUGGACCUGGUAUCGGUUUGCAGGUUUUUUGCUUGGCAUUUCUACUGAUUUUGCUGGUGGAUUCACAGCUGGGGCUGUAGCAUUCUUGGUACUUAAUGGCUUCCUAAUGCUUAUAGGUGCCUAUGUAAAUGUUGUGCUACUGUUGCUGACUCUUGUCAUGGAGGUGAUCGUGGUGUGUUUCCUGCUCUCCACACUGGGCAGACUGCCUUACCAACUGGAAAUCGCGAUGCUGGCCAUCUUCUCUCUGAUCUGUUUGUAUGGUACUCUGGCCUCCCUUGCAAAUUCCAUCUUCACAAAGGAGCUGCUUCCUCUCGGACCCCCGCUGCUGAAGGCUACAAAGGAAAAAGCUGACAAAACUCCCCCUCCUCCUCCUUGUCCCAUCGCCACCUCAAGAAAGACUAGUGGGCUACUGAGCAUCUCAAAACUUCUGGAUGCCGGUGGGGUCUGUGGUAUUCCUACCGAUACUGUGUAUGCCUUAGCAGCAUCCUGCAAACACCCACAGGCUAUAGAGAAGAUCUACAAUAUCAAGGAUCGCCCACAGGAGAAGCCCAUCUGUAUCUGCAUCUCCAACCUGGAGCAGCUGUCGACCGCCAAGCCCCCCUUCAGCCCACUGCUCUGGGAGUUCAUGAGGAAUGUCUACCCAGGAGGCAUCAGCUGCAUUGUCAAGAAAGGCGAAUGGCUCAAUAAGCUAGGAGUUGGACCAGCCUAUGAUAGAGUGGGGACUAAAGAAAGCAUCAUGAUCCGAGUCCCUGACCACACAGUAACCGCCCAUCUGUGCAAUAUGACUGGACCACUGGCCAUCACUUCAGCCAAUCCAAGUGGAGAGCCUGAUAGCACACACCAUGACAUGGUGAUAACACGCCUUGGCCACAAAAUCAGUGGAGUUCUGUGUGACGGAGAAUCAAACGAAGCUGUCGGUUCCACUGUGGUCAACUGUUUGAAGAUAGAUGAAGGUACAAUCACUAUUGUAAGAGAAGGCUGUUUUCCUGCUGCCCAAGUCAGACACAUUUUUGAAAAAGUCAAAAAUUCCAUGGAGUAAAGACAAGGAACACUCACUACAAAUAACAGUAACUUAGUGAAUCACCUCUCAGGAUGUGACAAGUGACAUCACUAGGAUUUGUGGUCACCCAUAAAUUAUUAUUAUAGUAAUUAUAAUUAUAAAAACUGUGCCAUUUAAUUUAUUUUUAAACUUUUUUCUGUAAAGACUGGCAACAUUUACUCCUGAAAUGAAGAUAUCAAAUUUUACUGUUUACAUUUGUGAAUAAUGUAUAUAUUAAUAUAGUAAACAAACAUUUUGUGUGUGCAAAUAUUUAAAAUACUUGUAUGGUAAACUAUAAUACAAUUUGUGUAUGCCAUGUACUUUAUGUAAUGAUACUUGUACGUUUGUAUUUAUAAACAGGUUUGUAUUUACUCAAAUCUAAUACAAUAAUUUGGUGAAUUUUACUCCUGAAUGCAGUGCUAUUUGCUAUGUUUGUCUCAAGCAAUUAAAUGCAUAGUCUACUCUGGGCAUGAGAAAAAUAUGGUCAAGUGUUGAAAAUGAUAUUUGUCAGGGUGACAUUUCUGUUUUGUAUCUGCUGUGAAUUUCCUUCCCUAAACAUAUACUGUUUUAUUUCAUAAGACAUAUUUAAUACUAUGUAUAUAUGUACAUAGAUAUUUUUUUCUAUUUUGAUAAAGUAUAUUAUGUCUAAGAAGUGACUGGAUUUUGAAUCUGUAAAUAAUCCUUGUUAAAACUGUAUACAUGUUAAAGCACUGUAGGGUAGUGGUUUAAUGUCUUAUAAUUACAACAUUCAUUCUGCAAUUGUCCUUAUCAAUAAAGAAUAAUUAAGA